AUGACUUCAAAAGGCUCUAAUACUUCGAGUAGUCGGAAGAAUCGUAGGACAUCCGACGGCAGCGCGUCCUUGCCUAAACGCUCCUCUGGCGCUACGGUUACGAGUCAGUCGACGACGACGACGACGACGACAAACAACACCGGCCACAACGGCAAGCGACGACAGUCCAAGACCACCGCACGAGACUCGAUUCAAACAAACGCCAGCAGCAGCGUCUUUUCUCGAAGCUCCAACUCCACUGGCCUUACAGCCGCCUCGACCUCCCCAAGUGCGCUCUCCCUCCUCGACACUGUUGGUGCAAGCGACCGCGACUCCUUCGUCUCCAUUGUCGACGACCCUUUCUUUCAACGCUUCGAUCCCGCCAACGCCACCUACGCUGAGCGUGAAGCGUCCGACGAGGGCACCUCGGCCGAGCCACACGACAAUAGCGAUGACAACAACAAGACUCAGCCUUGGCCACCCCCUCGUCGAGAAUCUUUGACUAUUGGGCCUUCACAUUACUGGGUAAGGAUAGAUCCCGCCCCGUCUUCAAUCCUGCCCCACUCGAGCUCUCUGCUCCCCUUGAAGCCCCCGGCUCAGCCUCCCACCACAGGGGACACAGGGCCACACCAUCCCAUUUCCGCAAUGGACAGUUACAACAUUGCCAUCAUCGGCGCCGAUGCCGUAGGCAAGUCGACGUUCGUCCAGCGCGUGCUGCAUCUGUCACGCCCGCCAGUGACAAACACCUCGAGCGCACGCCAGGUGGUCGAUUCCGUUACCCACAUGGUCACAUUGGUAGAGCUGGAUCUCGAACAUUUCGAGCUCAACCCUUCUCAACCAAUGCAAUGGCCGAAGCAGAUAAACGGUCACAUUGUUCCGCGAAUGGAUGCAGCCCUUAUCCUGUACGAUGUUACGAAAGAACAGUCCAUUCGCCAACUGCCACAAACUGUCGCCGCUCUUACCAACUCGGGCCUACCCGCGAUGCUGGGAGCAUGCAAAUGCGAUAGCCCAGAGGACGACUGGGAGGUAAAUGCAGACGAGCUGGCGAAUUUCCGCCUAUUCAAGGCGUGUCUUGGUCAAUACAAGAUUUCGAUGGACAGACCCGACAUUUCCCAAGCGUGUCUCCAGGCUCUUCUUCGAGCAGCUGUCGCCCAUAGACGAGACGAGACUAGUGAAACAGUUUUGAGGAGACGAGCGCAGUCCACAGCGAACCUAGAAGCACCCGAUCCGUCAGCUGGCCGGCCGCUGAGCGAACACAGCAAACACAGUCGAGCGAGUUCAGAUUUCUCCAUCCUGAGAACGUCUCCCAACCAGCAAUCUGGCGAAAACUACCGUGCGCAAGCUUCAAGGAGUCCCCGGCCAGGACUCGGCAUCGACAAGUCUGGAACGGAGUCUUUCCUUGAGAUUGAUGAAUCCGAUUCCGAAUCUCGCAGAUGCUCCGACGAUAUUCCUAUACUCCAGCGCAAUGACGAUGUCAUUAUCGAAAAGCAACCGAAGAUUACAGGUGUCACGUUUGAGGAAUUGGUAGACCGAUUACUAGCCCCCCGGCUCUCGAGAGUGGACAACAACUUUUCAGAUAUCUUUCUCUGUCUAUAUCGGAAAUUUGCCGCUCCAGGGGAGCUCUUCUCGGCCAUUCUCGUGCGGUUAGAAAAAGCCCGAGAUGAUAAAACAACAGUUUAUCUCACCAAAACAGCGACACAACUACGAAUUAUUGAGGUUGUGGCGAAAUGGGUCUCCCUGUACCCGGGUGAUUUUGCACGUUCCACAACGCGGCGCAAUCUGGAAGAUUUUAUCAAGCACUUAUCCACAGAGCCUGUAUUCGCUAUUGCAGCACAACAAAUGCGACGAAACCUUUAUGUAAACGUCAUUGAAGAUGAUGACACGGGCUGGGCAAAUUCGGACAACUCCAGCGACGAAAUUGCGAGCAAGAUUCUGUCCAAAGAUAUCAACGAAGUUUCCGUUGGAGUCAACGCGCUGCAACUAAACGGCGAAUCCGAUAGGUUGAGAAGCCCAGAGAAACUUUCCACGGACAAAGGUAGCAGGGCGGGCAUUCAAUUUCAAUUCAAUUCAUGUGAAGAGUACGAAAGAGAAGCUACAUUAUUGGAGCCGUCUGAUCACCUUCCGAUGAAUAAAUUUCGCUAUCACAUAUUUAUGGAUAUCUCUGAUGACGACUUUGCCGACGAACUCACUCGCAUUGACUGGAUAAUGUUCUCUUCGAUACGAAUCCGUGACUUUGUAAGGCAUGUCAGCUUGUCAGCCGCACAGAAGGACAAGUGCAGGAGUCUGCAAAACAUGAACCGAAUGAUUAGUCACUUCAAUCAUAUUGCCAAGUGGGUGGCAAACAUGAUUUUGCUGCGAGAUAAAGCAAAGCAUCGAGCACAAAUGCUGGAAAAGUUCAUGAACAUUGCGCUGAAACUGCGGCAGCUCAACAACUACAACGGCCUAGCCGCUGUCUUGGCCGGAAUCAAUGGGACCGCAAUUCAUCGCUUGGCGCAAACUCGCACUCUCGUGCCGACAGACGUACAGAAACGGUUUGCGCGGCUGGUCAUUCUCAUGGGAACGCAAAAGAGCCAUUUUGCCUACAGGUUGGCAUGGGAAAACUCCCCGCUGCCGCGAAUACCCUUCAUUCCCCUGCAUCGGCGCGACCUUGUGUCAGCUGAAGAAGGCAGCAAGACUUUUGUUGGGCUCAAUGAAGACCGUAUCAACUGGAAGAAAUUCGAGGUACUAGGGGAGGUGUUGCUGCCGAUUAUGAAGAGCCAAGGGACAGCAUACCCCAAUUUGGCCAAGGAUGAAACGGCGCGAGACUUGAUCCUGGGCUGUCGCAUGCCGACGGAUGACGAGGUAAGCGUCUGA